AUGGCUGCUACUACCUCGUCUUUUAUGUUUCAUAAACCUCCUACCUCGUCACCUUGUCGUACCAGAAUUGGAUCCUUCACAAGUUCCAAAUUCAUCAAAGCUCAAUCUUCUGAUGUCCGAAAGGAACAUGUUGUCAUUGUGGGUGGUGGGAUCGCAGGUCUUGCAACUGCUCUAUCCCUUCACAGGCUUGGUGUUCGGUCUCUGGUGCUGGAACAGUCAGAGUCGCUUCGAACUGGUGGAACUUCGCUCACUCUUUUCAAGAAUGGCUGGAGUGUGCUUGAUUCAAUUGGAGUAGCUAAUCAUCUCAGAACUCAAUAUUUAGAAAUUCAAGGGAUGGUGGUGAAGUCUGAGGAUGGAAGAGAAUUGCGCUCCUUCAACUUCAAACAAGAGGAUGAAAGCCAAGAGGUUCGUGCCGUGGAAAGGAGGGUACUUUUGGAAACCUUGGCCUCUCAGCUACCUCAUGAUACCAUUCAAUAUUCAUCGCGGUUGGUCAAGAUUGAAGCAAGUUCAAAUGGGGAUACCUUAUUGGAAUUCAUAGAUGGGUCUAAACUACUUGCACAGAUUGUAAUAGGGUGUGACGGAAUUCGAUCACCUAUAGCUAAGUGGAUGGGAUUUUCUGAGCCAAAGUUUGUUGGUCAUUGUGCUUUCCGUGGACUUGCCUCGUACUCGGGUGGACAACCUUUGGAAUCGCGAGUGAAUUACAUCUAUGGAAAAGGGUUGCGUGCGGGAUAUGUUCCUGUUUCUUCUACCAAAGUGUAUUGGUUCAUCUGCUUCAACAGUUCAUCUCCAGGUCCUAAAAUAACUGAUUCAACGGUGCUAAAGAAGCAAGCUAAGGAACUAGUGGAAAACUGGCCUCAGGAGUUAUUAAACAUAAUGGAUUCUACGCCAGAUGACACCAUAAUAAGGACUCCGUUGGUGGAUCGAUGGCUUUGGCCAGCGAUAAGUCCACCUGUUUCUGCAGGAAAAGUUGUGCUUGUUGGAGACGCUUGGCAUCCAAUGACUCCUAAUCUAGGACAAGGAGCUUGUUGUGCACUCGAGGAUUCAGUGGUUCUUGCUAAAAAACUUGCACGAGCCAUAAACUCCAAUGAUACUUCAGUCGAAGAAGCUUUUAAAUCAUAUGGCAGCGAAAGAUGGCCGCGCAUAUUUCCACUAACCAUACGAGCAAACCUUGUGGGCUCUGCUUUGCAGUGGGAUAAUCCGGUUGUGUGUUCCGUUAGAAACAAUAUUGUCAUACCAAAGCUAGUAAGGCUUGGUCCUUUGCUAGAACACACAAAUUUUACUAGUGAGAAUCUAUAA